GUCUUCAUUUUAACUCAUUGCUGGAAAGUGAUUGGCAAAGUAGACUGUGAGCGUGGACUCGUCGGACAAUUGAAUUAUGAAUUUAAAUUUGCAGCAUAUUCAAAUUCCAAAAACAAUGUGUUUUGUGCUGUAACAUAGCUUAACAAGGAGCGAAAAUGUUGUAACUUUCGGAAUAAAAAAAACACGUUUCUUAACCGGGGUUUCCACUGCCCCGCAUUUUUUUGCCUUCGCCUCUCAUCAUCUACCUACUCACUUAAUCCAAAUCAUCAUCACUGACGUGCUGAGUAACCGUUUGACCGCCUCAGCCAGCCAUGCCAGGUCUCUUGCUAGGGGAUGUGUUCCCUGAUUUCGACGCCGAAACAACUACCGGCAAAAUACAAUUCCAUGACUUCUUGGGUGACUCCUGGGGAAUUCUGUUCUCCCACCCCCGUGACUACACCCCAGUGUGCACCACAGAGCUGGGUCGAGCUGCCAAGCUCAGUAGUGAGUUUACCAAGCGCAACGUCAAGAUGAUCGCCCUGUCAAUCGACAAUGUGGAGGACCACUGUGGCUGGAGCAAGGACAUCCUGGCUUAUAACAACGAGGAGCCUGGCUGUGACCUCCCCUUCCCUAUCAUAGCUGACAGUCAGAGGGAGCUGGCAGUGUCUCUAGGCAUGCUGGACCCUGAUGAGAAGGACAAGGAAGGCAUGCCCCUCACAGCCCGCUGUGUGUUUAUCAUUGGUCCAGACAAGAAACUGAAGCUCUCCCUACUUUACCCAGCGACAACUGGACGCAACUUUGAUGAGAUUCUGAGAGUGAUUGACUCCCUCCAGCUCACUGCACAGAAACGGGUAGCCACCCCUGCAGACUGGAAGCCUGGAGAUCGUGUGAUGGUUCUGCCCAACAUCCCAGAGGACGAGGCUGCCUCUCUCUUUCCUGCCGGGGUGUACAAGAAAGACCUGCCCUCAGGGAAGAAAUACCUGCGCUACACACCCCAGCCAUGAGGGGCGCCCAAACCUCUCAAUGUCACUGACGGGACCAUUAUUACAGAUAAAGAAGUGAUCGCUCCUUACAAUGUAUUUGAGAGUAUUAAUCACAGAAGGUGAUGUCAAAGUUCCUGUGUCAUGGACUCAGGUAGGCAUGCCAUGAUUACCCCUGGUAUUUAAACAAACAGACCACUUCAAAACACUUGAGAAUUACAAACGGAUUAUGUGUGAUAUUCACAAGUUUGUUGCCUCAUGAAAAGCUGAACAUCAAUAAAUAAAUAAAAACACUUAAAUGUCA